UUGAAAGCGCAAUAUCUUCGAAGAUGUAACAGAAGAUAAAUCCUACUGGUGGUGUUGUGUUUGACUAGGAUCAAUCCACUCACAAUGCUAGAUGAUGAAGUACGGAGCAGGAAGAAUCCACAUUAAAGAUACUUCCACAAAAUAUUACCGAUAUUCGACACCAGGCCGAACACUACCACUGAUGUCAGGUCCAUGCCAUGGAAGGGGAAAGCUAAGGCCGGGUUAAGCGACCGUUCGGAAAUUGGAGGGGGCUCGUGCUCGUGCAGUAGUUCGAAAAAGACAACGCUAAGGAAUCGCCGUGCGCAGAAAAAAGACCACGCGCUUGCAGCGACACGAACCGUUGGUAGUGUGUGUGACGACGCUGGCAUCUGGGCGGGGAACGUUUCCCCCACCUGCUGGAAAGCGGUUCAAUUUUCAGGGGAGGUUAUCUUCGCCGUCGUAGUCGUCGUCGUCGUUGCCACCGCUGCCACCAUCACCGCCACCACCAUCGUCGCCGUCGUGUUCGUGUACUGCAGGCUCCCUGCUUAUGAUGUCAUCGGAGGAAGACUCUGAUUCUUUCGGUUUGUACGUCGAUAAGUUGCUAAAGAACAACCCUACCAACACAGUGACGAUCAGCAGCAGUAACGGCAGUAACAGCAACAGCAGCAACGGGAGCAACAGCAAUAGCAAGCGUAGCAGACAGCGCGUAGACGCGGGCGAGCCAAGAAACAGCUACUCCUCGAUACCCAGCUUCAGUUCUCGGCCGUCCUUCAUGAGCAGUGGUCUAUACGGGGCUAUUUUUAGCCAGGCGCAGCAGCAACAUUUCAGCGGACUUUUCGGUCCCGGCGGUUACGGACCGGCGGCCGCCAGCAAGAUGCUUAACGAACUGCUUGGCAGACAAGUGAAGCAGGCCCAGGACGCAACGGAUCCGGACACGAUUAGCAUGCUCUCGGCGAUCGAGGCUGCCGCGGCCAGUAUCAGCAGUGUGGCCGGCAGCAUCAACAACGGCAGCGUGAGCGAUUGCGGCGGGCUUACGACGGAUAGUGGUGUGAACGGUGCAAGUGGAGGUGUGGUGAAUUCCGCCAAGCUCGGGUUCGAAAGUGUGACGAAUCUGAACAACAACAAUACCAACACGAACAAUAACAAUACCAGCGCCAGUAAUAAUUCCGGCAGCAACAAUAAUACCAGCACUAGCGAAAGUGCGAAAAGUGCUAAAAACGGCAAGAGUGGUAACAGUGCGACAGUGUCAGUGCCGGAUGUGACGAUGGGCUCGAACCGGCGCAGCAGCAGCUCGAGUAGUACGAGCAGCAACAGUAGUAGCAGCAGCAGCAGCAGCACUAGCAGCAGCAACAGCAGCAACAGUAGCAACAGCAACAAUGCUCUUGCGAAUACCAACGGUGAGAAUAAUGGUGGCAGUGGUGGCGGUGGUGACGGUGGCAGCGCCUCGAACGUGGCCAAGUCGGGCAGCGGUAGAAACGCGACGGCGGCCACCGCCAGCAGCAACAGUGCAGUGGACGGUUCGUGCAGUAACGGGCUCGGUGGUGUUAUAGACCUUGACGGUGACUCUACAACACCACCAGCCACGAGCGAGUUGGCACACCACAUGUUGCGCAACAUCUUGCAGGGCAAGAAGGACCUGAUGGCUCUCGAUCACGAGCUGCGCGCGACGAUCCAGAGCAACCAGAGUAGCCAGCAGCAGCAGCAGCAGCAUGGGACCGGCGGUCGGAUAUCGCCGGACAAUAACAAUGUGAUCGGUAGCAAGAAUAACAACCACAACAACGCGAUCUUCGAUGUGAGCAAAAUUAGUGAGAACAGCCUCGGCGCCAUCGUGAACGGGGGCGAGCUGAGUGAUACGAGUGAUGUGGGUGGUGGCACCAGCACCAAGGGUGCGGCCGCCAAGCACCGGGCGGCUAACGGCAAUAAUCAAAAUGCGAAAGCGACCCACGGCGCUAGUGAUAGUACGAAAUGUGAUGAUUUGCUCGGUACGUCCGCGGACGUCUGUCGUUUAGCGAAUGGUGCAAGUGCCGGUGUGGUCGAAACGAUAAAUCCUAAGCAGGAGAAGAGUGAUGUGAUCGACGAGCUGGUGGCGUCCUUGCCGGACGAGGUGGACGAAACCGUACCUUCGCCGGCGUCUUCCACUGGUGCCGCCAGUACCGGUGGUUUGAUCGCGAAGCAGGAGAUGAUGGACCUGGACGAUUGCUGUCUCGACGACAAGGAUCGGGACGAGCGAACGCCAACGCCCGGCAGUGGCAUCAUGGCGAGCCGCGCCGAACCGGAAGCACUCAAUAUGAAGCGUGCCCGGGUGGAGAACAUUGUUUCGUCGAUGCGCUCCAGUCCAGCGAUCCUUUCCCAACCCCCGGUGAAUGGUUGCAAAAAGCGCAAACUCUACCACCCGCAACAGCACGACAACAGUGCGGCCGAACGGUAUGCGGCUGCAGCAGCAGCCGGUCUCAAUCUGGGCCUCACGUUGCAGAACUUUAUGCUGAGCAGCAGUGCAGCGGCUGCGGCAGCGGCUGCCGCCGCGAACAAUACCUCCACCCCCGUUACCGAUCCGACAACGACCGAUGAUGAUGAUGAUCUGGUGGAAACAGUCACGACGCCCCACAUUCAUCAAAAGCGGGUGGAAAAGGACGUACUUAAGUCGCAGCUGCGUUCCAUGCAGGAACAGCUGGCCGAGAUGCAGCAGAAAUAUGUGCAAUUGUGCUCACGCAUGGAGCAGCAAUCGGAUACCACCCAGGAGGUGGUGGAUGACAGCUCCUCCAGCGACAUCAUGGAGGAUGAUGUCGUGAGUGCGUCCGACCUAUCGCCGGAAAAGCCUCACCUAUCGGCCUCGACCCCCGUCAAGGAUGGGUCGGGGUCGAAGGGGCAAACGAAUGCGGCGGCCGCGGCAGCAGCAGCGGCAGCAGCAGCCGAUGCCUCCAGCAUGCUGCAGAUGAUGAGCAAGAUGAUGUCGGCCAAGCUGCACAACGCGCUUCCCUCGACACAUCCACUGCAGCCGGGCGGUUUUAACGGGACGCAUCCGUUUCUGCAGCACAUGCAGCAAGCAGCGGCUGCAGCAGUGGCCAUGCCGCAUGAAACGCUCGGUCAGCAACAACCACCACAACAGCAGCACAGUCAGCAGAUGAGCAACGCUGCUGCCAUGUAUCAGAAGCUGUUUCUCGAGCAGGAAGCGAGGCUAGUGAAAGCGGAACAAGCGGAACGGAAUCUACAAGCUUCCAACCAGCAAUUGUUACAGCAGCAACAGCAGCAGCAAUCGCUUCAGCAACAGCAACAGCAAUCACAGCAGCAGCAGCAGAUUAUGCCACAACAUCAGCAACAACAUCCAGCUCAUUUGCCCGACCGGAGUUCCAGCAGUAACUCAUCACAGGUAAUACAAUCGCAGGUAACUAUGCCGCACCAGCAGCAACCUCAAGCACAAAAUCAAACUUCCCAGGCACUGUUACAAUCGCCUGUUCAACAUCCCCAGGCGCAGCCACUUCAGCAACAUUCGCCGACGCAUCCGCAGCAGCCACCGCAGCAAUCUUGUGGCUUAGUGCAGUCCAUGUCGACGAAUGUCCAGCUUCCACCGCACUCGACGUCCCAGCAGCAGCAGCAGCAGCAGCAGCAACACCAACAACAGCAGCAGCAGCAGCAGCAGCAACAAUCACAUCCUCCUGUGCAAUCGCAACAACUCUCGCCGACGCAUGUCCCAAUGCAAGCCGUGCCGCAGGCGACCAGCCAUGUGGCACCAGCAUCGAUGGGUGGUCACAUUCCUGCUAUACCCAAGGGAUCAUCGCUUCCAUCCGAUUUGACGAACCGAUUGAACAUGAUGCGCUCGAGCGCAAGUUCUGUCGGACCGAUGUCCGGUACGGAUCUGGAGGGUUUGGCGGACGUGCUGAAGACGGAGAUUACGGCAUCGCUUUCGAAUCUGGUCGAUUCGAUCGUAACGAGGUUUGUGCACCAGCGACGAUUUCUAGGCAAACAGUCGGAAGCGGCGGCUGCGGCGGCCGAACAACUGAACAAGGAUCUGUUGAUGGCUUCGCAGCUACUGGACCGCAAGUCACCGCGCACCAAGAUAAGUCAGGCUGAUCGUCAAUCAGGCGCCAGUCAAUCAGGUAACGCACCUAUGCUAAGUACACCUAGUCUUAACAACGCACCCCUGCCGAUGGCCCCAGUGGUGGGUAUGUCUGCACCCAACGGCAAUGGUCCCUGCGUCCAGCAGCAGCCGCCGUUAGCGAAUGUUAACGGUUGUGCCGGACAGCGGCUAAACGGGAGUUCCUUUCCCGCGAUGCCGGCCAUGCCCGCCAUGCACGUACCGAGUGCGGGAUCGACGCACGAUCCGAAGGGGGCUGGCCCGCAACAGCAGCAACAGCAACAGCUCGCAGCUGCGGCGGCCAGUAUGAACACGAUCGGUAUGCCUCCUCAUGUACGUCCUUCUCCUUCUACAGCUAUGUUCCAAACAUCGAAAACGCCACAGAACAUCAACUCGGUUGCAGCCGCAGCACUCUACAACUCGAUGAAUCAGGCCCUCGGGACGCCCAGCCAGGUGAACCCGUUCUGUCUGCCACCACCGGAACCCCGCGAACACAAUCCCGAGCAGAACGAGGCGCUCAGCCUUGUGGUGACGCCGAAAAAGAAGCGGCAUAAGGUGACCGACACGCGCAUUACACCACGAACAGUGAGUAGAAUUUUAGCUCAGGAUGGCAUUAUUCCGUCCUCGAAUCAGGUGCAAGUUGAUUCACAACAAUCUCAACAACAGCAGCAGCAGCAGCAGCAUACGCCAUCGCAGCAGCAGCAAUCGCAGCCGCAGCAGCAACAAUCGCAGCAGCAGCUUCCAAUGGGUGGCGCCAACAAUUGUCUGGGAAACAACAACAACAAUAACAACAACAGUUGCAGCAAAAACAACAACACCUUGAGUGGGCAGCAGCAACAGCAGUCCCAAUCUCAAGCCGCAUCGCAACAACCAACCCCAGCCCAGCAGCAGCAGCAACAGCAGCAAACGCAGCCUUCCCCGUUCAACAACGGUCAGUCGGCCGGUACGGUUCAACCGUCCGGUCCGACAACGCCCACGGAAUGCAAAUCGCCGAGGUCGUCCUUCCACGGGGCCGCCUCGUCGAUGCUGCCCGUCUCACUGCCUACCUCGGUUGCGAUCCCGAACCCAUCGCUGCACGAGUCGCAAGUCUUUUCGCCCUACAGCCCCUUCUUCAAUCCGCACGGUCCGCACGGUGGCCCACACGGUCCCCAGCCGUCACAGUUUCACCAUAUGAAGGUGUCGUCGAGCCCGCCCGGCAUCAACGGCAUGCUGGACCCGCGUGAUUCCCCGCCACUACCCCACCCGCCAACGAUGCUGCAUCCGGCCCUGCUGGCAGCCCAUCACGGCAACUCACCGGACUACGGACAUAUCAGAGCGUCGAUGGAUGUGAACGACCGUAACUCGGACUGUACCUCUGCCGAUAUCGCCUACAACGGAAUGGAGCCUACUAUAUCCUUUUCAAAACUACAACUUUUUGAUGCUUCCUCUAUUGCAGCUAACCAAUCCUUAACUCCGGUGAACUCGUCCACCCUGACUCCGAUGCACCUGCGCAAGGCGAAGCUGAUGUUCUUCUGGGUACGGUACCCAAGUUCAGCCGUGCUGAAAAUGUACUUCCCGGACAUCAAGUUCAACAAAAACAACACCGCCCAACUGGUCAAGUGGUUCUCCAAUUUCAGGGAAUUCUACUACAUUCAAAUGGAGAAGUACGCCAGACAGGCGGUAAGCGAGGGCAUGAAGAAUGCGGACGACAUCCAUGUAAGCAAUGACAGCGAGAUUUACCGCGUCCUCAACCUACACUACAAUCGGAACAAUCACAUUGAGGUGCCCCAAAAUUUCCGAUACGUUGUUGAGCAGACGCUGCGUGAAUUCUUCCGCGCGAUACAGGGCGGCAAAGACACCGAGCAGUCGUGGAAAAAAUCAAUUUACAAAAUCAUCUCCCGAAUGGAUGAUCCUGUGCCGGAGUAUUUCAAAUCUCCGAACUUCCUCGAGCAGCUGGAGUAAGUGCAAAGUGCAAAGGAACCGUUA